UGAAUGCAGUGAUAAAAAGCGUAUUCUCCACUCGCUCCAAGGAGUGGAAGAGAGAAAGAGAGAGAGAGAGAGAGAGAGAUGGCUCGGCUCUCGACUCGGAGAAGCUGGAUGUAUAUAUCUCUGCUCGUCAUUGCUCGUUUAUCUGUUGCCUUCGCGGACGACGGUUUGUUGAGCAAUGGGGACUUCGAAACGCCUCCAUCAGAUGGAUUCAAAGAAGGGGUUUUGGGAGAAGGAGGACCCACCACUAUUCCUGGCUGGAAUUCAAAUGGAACUGUUGAACUGGUUGAAUCUGGCCAAAAACAAGGUGGAAUGCUCCUCAUUGUUCCUCAAGGUUUACAUGCUGUGAGGCUUGGGAACAAUGCGGAGGUGAGCCAAGAUAUUAAGGUGGAGAAGGGGUCCACCUACGCCAUCACCUUUAGUGCUGCCAGGACAUGUGCCCAACUUGAAUCUUUAAACGUAUCUGUCCAUCCAGCAUCUCAGACCAUUGAUCUCCAGACUCUUUACAGCGUGGAGGGCUGGGAUUCGUACGCAUGGGCCUUCCAGGCGGAGUCAGACGAUGGACGUGUGGCAUUUAAGAACACAGGCAUGGAAGAUGACCCCACUUGUGGGCCCAUUCUCGACAACAUUGCCAUUAAGAAGCUUUUCACCCCUGAUAAACCCAAAGACAAUGCCGUUAUCAAUGGCGACUUUGAAGAAGGCCCGUGGAUGUUCCAGAACACUUCCUUGGGCGUCUUGCUUCCGACAAACCUCGAUGAAGAGACAUCAUCCCUGCCUGGUUGGAUUGUUGAAUCAAACAGAGCUGUCCGGUACAUAGAUUCCAACCAUUAUGAAGUUCCCCAGGGGAAGCGUGCUGUAGAGCUACUUUCUGGGAAGGAGGGCAUCAUCUCCCAAAUGGUUGAGACCACACCUGAGAAACAGUACCAACUAAGCUUCUCCUUAGGACAGGCGGGCGACUCAUGCCAGCGACCACUGGCGGUCAUGGCCUUUGCAGGAGACCAAGCAGAGAACAUACAUUACUCGCCUAUAGGAAACAUGACCCACCAGCCGGCAAAUCUGACGUUCAAGGCGAGGGCCGAGAGAACACGUGUGGCAUUUUACAGCGUGUAUUACAAUACAAGGACCGACGAUAAGAGCUCGCUGUGCGGGCCAGUGGUCGAUGAAGUGAGGGUGUGGGUGGUGUCUGGGUCCACAAAGGUAUGGACUAGGCUAGGGCCAGGGCUUCUUGGGAUGGUCUUGGUUUUGGCUUUGAUUUAGGAACUCCAAGAACAGUGAGAAAAGAACGUGUUAAAGAAAAUCUAUACGGUUUUGAGUUGGAGUUGGACUUGGACUUGGUUUCUUAAAUGGGUGGUUUUGGUUUUGGUUUUAAAUUGAGUUAUAGGGCUUGUUUUGUUUUGAUUAAAGAAGGUAGUGUUGUAUAUGAUAUAUGUGUAUUGGGUGGGAGAGAGUAGGAAUCUAGAAUCCUUAUUUUACGGUUGAUUUUGUAUGAGGCAUGGGAACAUUGGCAAACCAUAUUCUUCCCAUCUCUUGUGUUUUAAUUUUUCUAUGGAUGUAUUAAGAUUCCUCUCUUAAGGGUAUGAAAUGUUUGUAGUUGUCUUCC